CUCUUACUUCAGUGUGAGCCAGCUGCAUGUAAAAGCUACUGUUGCCACACAAAAUACCCCCAGUAUACUGCAGUUUUGAUUAGAAUUUGUUUUAACAUUGGCCAUUUUAUAUCUAGGAUAUGUAAUCCGAACCGUAAAAAAGGAGAUAUUCAUAAUCAGUGGAUAUAGCAGAGCGGCUUAUUUUAAUGUUUUAACGCAAUGUGUGUAAUUUGGGAAUUGAUUCCCUGUGAUAAUAAGGUGAAGACACCAGUUGUCCUUUCUUUCUGUGGUAGGAUGUGAUGGUGUACCUGGCAUGACGAGCAGUAGUUAUAUAUUGAUUCUCCCACUCACAAAUGACCAACUUUGGGCUCUCUCCUACUUAGUGUGCUAUAAUGUGAUUUUUUACAAGAGCUUGACUAAGUCUCUUUGUGGAGUAUGGAACAUAUUCUUCAUACCUCCGGAAAUUCAACAAACUUUAAAUUGCACAAUAUAGUUUCUGAGCACUGGAUGCCAUAUGAGGAGGUUUCAGAAGAAGUUCACUUGGUGCUCGGUGUGGUUGCGACAUUAGUGGGAAUAAUUUCUCUAACUUCCAAUGGCUUUAUAAUCUGGAUGUUUUACAGGUACAGAAGUCUGAGAAUUUCGUCCAAUCUCCUUGUACUAAAUCUGGCAAUAACGGACACCUUUCUCGCCCUUGGAAACCUGCCUUGGUUGGCGAUAUCCAGUUUUCGGGGAUAUUGGAUUUUUGGAUAUAUAGGUUGCCAGGUGUAUGGAUUCAUCGGAGCGAUGGCUGGAUUUAUUUCAAUAAAUACCUUGACAGUGAUCGCCAUGGAGAGAUUUUUCGUUAUUGUGAUUCGUAUGCCAUGGAAGCAAGUCAAGACCUCCAGUAAGACAGUCGGUGUAGCUAUACUAUUUAUCUGGCUAUAUUCCUUUAUGUGGGCUAGUUGUCCGUUAAUCGGAUGGGGAUCUUUUAUUCUCGAAGGUUCCAUGACGUCCUGUACAUUUGACUUCUUUUCUCGCGAUGUGAAUAACAAAUCGUACGUGGUUUCCAUUCUUGUUUUCUGUUUUUCAAUUCAGCUUUUCCUUAUUAUUUGCUCAUAUGUCAGAAUUUACCUCAAAGUUUUAAAGCACGAAAAAGAAAUUGUCAGCUGGUGUAGCAGUGGAAAUGAAUCUUUAUCAUUCCAUAGCCGGAGAAUCAAAAAGUUCCAGAACGUUCAUAUGAAGACGGCUAAAGUUUCUCUAGUGAUUAUUUCUAUUUUCUGUAUAUCUUGGACACCCUACGCCAUCAUUGCCACGAUCGGAAACUUUGGUGAUGCCAGUGUCAUUACGCCGCUAGUGUCUUCGGUGCCUGGAAUUUUCGCCAAAAUCUCCACAGUACUCAAUCCAAUGAUAUACGCCUUACUCCAUCCCAAAUAUAGGAACAAACUCCCAUUCCAUAAGCAGAAAAUACGAAAGAUCAAAAGUGAUUUCAAGGAUUUAAUGAAAUUAGACAAUGAAAUGCAAACAUCUUCUGGUCGAUCAGACACAUUUUAUCGCAAAGAAUUCCAUAGAGAAACGGUCGUGUAACUCAUUAUUUAAUAUUCCUGGAUAUUUGUGAAUUCUGUUCAGUCUCUUGAAAAGAUAAUUUUAUUUUCAUCCUUUCUGGAAAAAAAUAUGUUGUUUCAUUUUAAAUAUUUGUUUUUACAUUUCAGUGAACUAUAGAAAUAUGUAUUUUUAUAUUAAAUGUUAUAUUAAUUUACUCUUUAGUAAAAUUUUAAGAAUCACUAA